AUGAAGCUCAAGUUAAGCAUCUUGUCUGUUUUUGUUGCCUUUGUGGGCAUUUUGAGCUUUGUUUUUUUGGUGGUUGCUAUUGGAACAGAUUUUUGGUACAUUAUUGAUGCUUCCAAAUUGGAAAUUAAAAACAACCUUUCAGAGACCAUGAGCUCACACUCGGGACUGUGGCGAAUGUGUAAAUUUAAGGACAAAUGCUCCCCCCUGGUAAAUCCUUUCUGGCAUGGUAACUUAAACUUCACAGACCCACAAAAACAACUUUUAAGUAUGCAUGGGACACUAGUCAUAUUAUUACCUCUCAGUUUGAUCCUAAUGAUAUUUGGAGGAAUGACUGGUUUUGUUAGCAUACUUGCACGGGCGUACCUGCUUCUACUCCUGACGGGGAUGCUGUUUCUUUUUGGAGCAUUGGUGACUCUGACUGGAAUCAGCAUCUACAUUGCAUAUUCUGCUGCAGCAUUUAACUAUGCACUAUACUCAUUGGGCAGUGCAAUUCUAUCUGAAAUUGAUAUACGGUUUGGGUGGUCCUUGGCUCUUGCAUGGAUAUCGUUCAUCACAGAAGUUCUCACUGGGAUGGCCUUUCUUUUGGCUGCUAGAGUGACGGGUCUUAAACGAACUCGAGAUCAAGUUAUUUAA